GCUGAUGAAACAGUAAAUGCACUCACAUGUAAAGCAAAGUUAGGAGCAAAAUACAAAAUUCUGAACCCCUCAAAUCUCAUCGAUGGUGGUGUAUUGGGUGGAGCUUUACGCAAUCCCAUUAAACCAACCCAUCAUUUGAUUCCCUUUUUCCACCCACCACCACCACCGCCAUUCUCAACCAUUCUCUCUUCCACCACAACCUACAUUCUAAUAUCCAAACCCAAUCCCUACUUUCUCUACUCUUGAAAUUCAUCUUCAUCUAAACUCUAAAACCUUCAUUUCCUCCACACCCAUUUGCCUUAAAAAUCUCACAACCUGUCCUUCCAACAAAAAAGGCAACAAGAAAAAAGGAAAAAAAAAAAGAAGCAAAUUAUCCACUUAUUACUAAAUGAGGUAAAUAUAUUAACCGUUGCAUGCACGUGGAUUUACUUUCUAGUAAAAACCAAAACCAAAGACAAGAAUAACAACAAAAAAAACAGAGAGUUCAGUUUGGGAAUUUGAGGAUGGGGAAUAUAGGGAGUAGAGGGCGGCGCAGGCACGGUGGUAGACGGCGGAACCACCCAUCUACGCCGCUUCCCGCGACUCCUCAGCCUGAAAUAUCGGCUAACCGAUACGUGUUCGCGGCGGCGACACCUUACCCUUCCCAAUUCCCAAACACCGCAACAGCAGCACCACCACCGCCGCCUCUUCCUCCGCCACUCGUUCCAUACUACCAGUACCCUCCAGGGUACUAUCCCAAUCAGCCACCGUCUAUGCCUGUGCCUUUACCGGCUCCGUACGACCACCACCACCACCAUGGUGGACCUGGGCCUCUCAUGGACCCGGCACAGGCCCAGGCGAAUUGGGUCGGGGGUAGGUACCCAUGUGGGCCGGUGAUGACUCCUCAGACCCCAUAUAUGGAGCACCAGAAAGCAGUCACUAUUCGAAACGAUGUUAAUCUCAAGAAAGAGAGUUUGAGGAUCGAACCUGACGAGGAAAACCCAGGAAGAUUCCUCGUAUCAUUUACUUUCGAUGCCACGGUUCCUGGGAGCAUCACCAUAAUUUUCUUUGCAAAAGAAGGUGAAGAUUGUAACCUGACACCGAUGAAACAAGACCUUGCACCUGUGACAGUACAGUUCCAACAAGGUCUGGGCCAGAAGUUCAGGCAGCCCUUUGGAACUGGGAUGGACUUCUCAGUGUUUGAGGAGACAGAGUUAUUAAAAAUGGGUGAUGUAGACGUCUAUCCUUUAGCAAUUAAGGCAGAGGCAAACCCAGUUAAGGAGAAUGGUACAGAUGGGAACCCAAUACCUGCAAGCAUGAACUCUCAGAUAACUCAGGCAGUGUUCGAGAAGGAGAAAGGUGAAUACCAGGUGAGGGUAGUGAAGCAGAUCUUGUGGGUCAAUGGAAUGAGGUAUGAGUUGCAGGAGAUAUAUGGGAUUGGGAAUUCAGUUGAGGGUGACGUGGAUGGGAAUGACCCAGGAAAAGAAUGUGUCAUCUGCCUAUCAGAACCACGGGACACAACCGUCCUUCCCUGCCGACAUAUGUGUAUGUGCAGUGGAUGUGCAAAGGUUUUAAGGUUCCAGACAAACCGAUGUCCGAUAUGCAGACAACCAGUUGAUAGGCUUUUGGAGAUUAAGGUCAACAAUGGUUCUGUGGAAUAGGAAGAUUUCUUCUGCCGCUAGAAAUAGCCCUGUUCUUAUCUUUCUUGCUUUCCUUCGUCUUUUUUUUCUUUUUUCUUGUUUUGUUCUUGGCUUUUUUUAAAUAUA